AGUGUCCACAAAAACCAGAGAAGCGUAUUUCAUGAGGAAAGGAAGGUGGGACUCAACUAGCAGAACUUUCUGCUAUGUAGCCCCAGGCCAUAGCCAGAAGGUAUAAACUAGAAAGGUUACGUACCUGUCCAACAGAACAGCACCAUGGAUUAAUGGCCGAUAACUCCUCUCAGUUUUCUCCCCAGGUUCGCAUCAGAUAGCUCCCAUGAGGAGCAGAAAAAAGGGCAUGGUAAUCCCGUCCAUAGAAAGAUACUUUUGGGUCACCUGUGCAUUAGCAUCUCACCUGCUUAUCAACUCUGUUGUUUCUGCCCGGUCAUGGUGCCCCCUUCCACCAAACAGAAGUUUAAACACAGAAUUCAAGCAGAAAAUAAACCGAUUCUGGGAAUUUGAAGAGAAGACCAACAGAUGGGUGGAGAUAAGUUUGCCUUAUGAUCUGAUGUCGUGCACUAAUGGAAGCUGCAACAAAGUCGGAUCGAUCAAGAGUUGGGGGAAGAAAAGUAGCCAAAUUCCAGAAGCAAAAAAUCAAGAGAAGAACAACAUAAUAGAGCGUGAUCAUAAGGAGAUGGAAGAGAGAUUUGAUCAGGUUUUGCCUAUAAGAAAGAGAUUGUCCAUAACUAGGAUGUCGGAAGCUUCAAUCUGGGUGACAGGGCAAAGUGGAUCAAUAUAUGAGAGAUUAUGGAAUGGGAUAAGGUGGGUUGUUGCUCCCCAUGAAUUGCCAACUUCAGCAGGACCAGCAGUUUCCGUUUUUAUCGUCAAUCAGACUAUUCUUGCUCUGUCAGAAGCCGGGAUGCUUUAUCAGCUGCAACUGAAUGAGAAUUCUCAACCUAUUUGGAGCGACUUUGUGCUGAAAUUUGAAACAAGCAUCGAUGCUACAGAAACAGAGUCAAUCCCAAACAUGAGGAUCAAGACUGGUGCAGUAUCCCAUGAUGGAGAGAGACUGUUCUUGACUACAAUGAAUGGCUCAUUGCUAGAAAUCAGCGAGUUUCAACCUUUGAGGUGGGAAAAUCAUGGACGACCUCCGGGUGGAGACGUCUCUUACCUGGCUGACACUGGCAUCCUUAAAACAAGUGUUGUGUUCUCAAUAAGUUCCACUGGAGACCUGUAUGAAUUUGACAAGAAAACAAAGCCGUCAUGGAAAAAGCAUAUUUGGAGUGAAGCGUCUUUAGAAGCUGUUCCUUUGGCAGCAUCUCUUGGUUGCACUUUACAUGGCUUAGUUGGAGCUCAUUCACUUUCUCUUUUCCUGCUGACAAAGGAUGGCUUUCUAAUAGAGAGGCGUUUGCACAAAAGGAAGUGGAAAUGGAUGAUCCAUGGAGCACCCCAAGGUCAUCAGCUAAGUGCCAUCACAUUGAUCCAGCAACAUUACAUUAGUGAAAAGUUGCUGUCAAUUUUCUUCACUACAAGCGAUGGGUUCAUAUUUGAAUACCAGCUUCCGAAGUAUUCAGGCGUAAACAAGGAAGAUCAGAUCGAAGGAAUGUGGGUGAAUCACAUGCAUCCACAGCAUGCAAAAAUUGCGAGGGGUAUCAGUGGAGCUCAGCUUCAACCAGGAAGGAUUAUAUUCCCAUUAGAUGAUGGAAGAUUAGCAGAGCUGCAUUUAUCUGGAAUGGGAGGUGAAGGUGUCAGUCCUGUUCAUCAGAUUAAUAUAAGAAGAAAAGGAGCGUAUAAGUAUGAAUGGUCGAUGUUAGACACCCCAGAAUCAGAAGGAUGGAAUGCAGAAUAUUGCACCGAUGAGCGUGGACUGUUAAACUGCAUUGCAGGAAUGAAUGAUGCGCUUGCAGAUAAUGAAAGAGAAGAGCUAGGCAUGACUGCACCAGGAAGAAGAAUGCAGGCACCAACAAAUCAUCAUUAUUUAUCUUUGCCCAAUCAUGAAAGCACCAAUACUGUUGAACAAAACAAUUUUCUAACAAAGACUAUCAAAACCAACUUCCGCAUGAGAGUGAUGCAUGCAGAUAGAUCAUUUUUCCUCAUAUCAGAUAGCGGACAGACUUUUGAGUACCUGUAUACUGAAAAUAUUUGGCUAUGGUUGAGGCAUGAACACUCGACAGCCAUGAAUGGCGCAUUAGGAAGCUAUAAUGGAAGCUUGUUUUUGGUUGACAUGUACGGAAGCUUGCUUAUAAGGGAGAGAAUUGGAAAUGAUCUUUCGUGGAUCAACUGUACAUCUUUGAAGAAAGGAAAACAGGUGGCAACAGGACCCCCAUGGGAUGGUAUACCUGGCAAGGCCCGCCGAGUUUCAUCUGAAGAUGCUCUCUUCUUUGUAAAUAGAAGAGGGCGAUUACUGCAGUUUAUGGUUGCACUAAGAAAAUUCAAGUGGAAAGACUGCCGAAGCCCAUCAAAUACCAGGAUAGCAUUCAUAGUUGAUCAAGAAGUCUUUAGGAUGAACAUAAUAUUCGUUGUGGGUAGGAAUGGCCGACUUUACCAAUACAACAAACUCACAGAAUUGUGGCAUGAACACUACCAGUCUCCUCAUUUGGUGCUCUCAAGAUCCCCUGGGACAGCUAUGAGGCCAUCAUUAACAUCACUUAGUGGAUCCAUAUUCAUGAUAUCAGAGAAUGGUGGCCUUGUAGAGUACCAUUGGAGCUCUACAUAUGGGUGGGAAUGGGUAGAACAUGGGACCCCUGAUAGAGGUGUCAAGCUAGUAGGAGCGCCAGGCCCAUGUCUUGGUGACACCGAGUUGUUCGUUAUUGGAUCAAAUGGUUGUGUUUAUAGAAGACAUUUGGAUGAGAGAAUAUGGAAAUGGACAAACUAUGGCUACCCACAACUAGAAGAUGCAAUAAUGGAGACUAAAGUAGGAUCAAUCAAUGAACAAAGUUGUGCUCCAGACGACAAUCAAGCUCCAAAUGAGAAGGAUGAUCACUACGCAGAUAGUUUCAGGAAAUACUGCAACGAGAAGGUGUCUGCAGUACGCCCAAUACCAUUUUCUGAGGAUUCACUGGUCUUUGAAUUACAGGAUGCAAGGCUAGCAGAGUUGCGAAGAUCUGGCCAGGCAACAACAGGAUGGGAGUGGAUACGCAUCAUUGGGACACCCACAAGUCUUUGCCUGGCGAAUUACUGGACAGCAGUGGCAUCCUAAAUCAAUGAAAUACAGCUAUAGAUAUAUGUACAGUAAAGAUCAAACUUCUGAAAGACACCUCAGAAACAAAGAGCACCGAAAGGUGGAGUAUACAAUAUACAAUGUACUAACUAUCGGCAAUAUUUGUGAGCCUGGUUGUAGAUAUAUAUACAAAAAGAAUAAAGAAUAGCAUUGAUUAAGGUGACAACUAACAUACCAUGGCACUUUUGCAGAUAGAAAAAUAGCCAACAUUAAAACUGUAUGUCAUCCAAAAGUAACAUCUGUUCAAAACAUCCCUAGAGGUUUCAGGGGACAGUUGUAAGAUAACGCGUAUUAUCCUCGCGAUCUAUUGCUUAA